CUCCACCCUCCACCGCACACCUCCACCUCAACUCUCCAAGAUGCUAAACAUCCUGAAACACCUCCUCCGGCGCAUUGGACGACGUCCUUUGACAAUCAUAACCACCCUCCUCGCCACCUCGACCCUUAUCGCCCUCAUCCUGUACCAUCUCCUCGGCUACCUUCUCGCCAACAACCCGCGCAUCGUAUCCCCCACCUUCCGCCGCGCCACCUCCAUCCUGUUCGUCACGGCCCACCCGGACGACGAGACCCUCUUCUUCAGCCCGACGCUUCUAUAUAGAGAGGAUGACCCGGGCGUUGAGAAGUCUUUGCUGGUCCUUUCAUCUGGGAACUACGACGGGGUCGGCUCGACCCGGCAGUCGGAACUGAAAGCCGCCUGCGCUGUGGCCGGGAUUAAAGCAUCUCGAUGCGUAGGGCUCGAUCACUUCGAGCUGCAGGAUGAUCCGAAAAAAUGGUGGUCAGAGGAGCUGAUUGCCGAAAUGGUGAGGGAGUAUGUGACGCGGUGGGGGGUAGACUUGAUCGUGACAUUCGACGAUGGAGGGAUCUCGGGACAUUUGAACCAUAGGGCUGUGGCUGGGGGUGUUAGAAAAUACAUACAAACCAACCCGCAUUCCCACCACCCGGCCUACGCCCUCCAGACCAAAUCCCUCCUGCGAAAGUACGCCGGACUGCUCGAUCUCAUCCCCACCAGUAUCCCGUUUACAUGGCGAAUCAUGGGGGCGCUAUUCGCGUCCGCACCGGCCCAAAAUGCAGCGGGAGAUACCUACGGAGAUCACGUCCUCCUGGUGAGUCCGUGGGGGCGGUAUUUCCAAGGGAGGAGGGCGUUCAGGGCGCAUUGGAGCCAGUAUUCGUGGGACAGGGGGUUCUAUCUAGUGUUUAGUCGGUACAUGUGGAUGAAUGAUCUGCGAAGGAUUUCUUGAAUUAUGGAUAGUAUUAGGCGAAUGUGUUUAUGUUUGCGGUGAAAAAUCCACUAGUCAAUUCGGUGCAAAGAUUGGUGAUAGAUAAACAAAAAUAGAAGAUCCAG